UAUAAAUUUAACCUAUUUCCCACAAAUAUGGAAGAAGAUAAAUGAGAUGAAAAUGUGAUUGAGAGAGUCAACUUCACAGGGACUAAUAUCCAAAUCCUUGUCUUAGCUCUACAAGCAAUGAUGUAUCAAGAGAAUAGGAGGAGCUAUAAGGAUGUCAGGAUUACCGCUCUCAAAGGAAAAGGCCUGACCUUUGUAUGCCAAGAUGAGGGGUGAUCAAGCACAGCAAUGAUUAAAGCAUCAGCAUUUGAAACCUUUAAUGUCCUCUCUCAAAAAUUUGACAGAGGAGAAUUAGUUGAGAAUUCAGACCAAGUGAUUAUUUGAAUCAACCCCAAGUUUCUUGUAGAUUUCUUGAAACUAAUUCCUUCCGAUAGAAGUGUCAAAUUUGAGUAUCCUGUGGGGGACAACCAACUCAAGGUCUCUACUGGAUCAGAUUUACAGGGAUUAGGAGAUGAAAACUACUUCUUCUCAGACAGCUUCAAUAUCUCAACUACAUCAUCAGAGUUUAUCAAAUACAGCUACCCUCAAUAUUCCCAAGAUGAUAUCUGCUCAGAAAUUUUUGUUGGAAGCAGAGUUUUCAAGAAAAUUCUAAAAGAAUUUGCUGAUCUUGGAAAAGAUGACCUCCUGAGAUUCCAAUACUCAGUAGAAUCAAACAAGCUCCAAAUAAUGCAUAGGGACGAAUUCAAGGUCGACAGUGACUACCUCCCUUCAGUGAUCAACGAGAAUGAUGGAAGCUCAUUCAGAUCUAUUGAGAUUAAAGCUUUAAAUUUACAAGAUGAUUACGAAGAUAUUGAAAACAAAGAUUGUGCAAGAUAUUACAGAAUAAACACACUCAGAUUCGUCUUCUCGAGAUUGACCAAGGAUAGCAAAGAAUGCCAAUUUACCAUCUUUGGCAAUGGAAAUCUGAGGAUUUAUUUCAUAUUUGAUGAAAAUCCACUGAUAGAAUUCACAGUGAAAUGACACCAAAAUGACGAUGAGAUAGAAAGCUCAAGUGAUGCUGAUUAAUUCUGACCUCUCAACA